GUGUUCGUGACGCUGAUUUCAAUUGCUUCACAAGGCCAGUCAGCAUACACAAGAUACGGGUUAUCGAUGCCGUCGAAUCCCAGAGUGAACAAGCACAAGGAGAAAUUCUACGAAUUGAGAACAAAAUACGAGAAUGUGUCCAAUAUAAAUACGCAACGACAACAAGAGCUGGCAGCUUCGAAUGCAAAGCUGAGAAAGUUGCAAGAUGAAUGUGGCGUGAUACUGGAUACCAUGGCCUUCAAAGCAGCUUCAGAACCUACACUGGCUCCCUACUUGCAACGUGGAAGAACUCCACCUUCAGAACUUCCCCCCACCGCUCAUCCCUUACCACCAGGCACGUCCAGCUAUCCCACCUACCACACGACGCACGAAGACCACACGGCCCCCCUCAGAUCUGACCCUCAGACCUAUCCUCUGUCUGCCCAAAUUGCGGCACUCCCCUUUUCGCCUCAUUAUCCCACAGGCGCCGACUCGCAUCCUUCCAUGCUCGCUAGCACGGACGAGAUAGAUCCGCGAGAUUUGGUGGAACACUCUUUCUAUCCUAACCAAGUGAUCCCCGAAUAUGGAAAUAUCAAAAGUCCCGAAUGACACCCCCGGAUUUGUACACGGUCGUGUACCAAGUUGGUGGGUUCAUGAACUUUGGGCUACAUACAGAAGCACUUCCCCUUGGAAUUGGUAAUAUCCUAGUCAUAUGUAGGUCCACUGUUCAAGGUGUCCGGAGUGGCUGCGUUGCGCAAGCCUCAAUUUACAUUAUUCAUACAAACUGACUGAAGACGUGCAAGGGAAAUGUUGGAUUGGUAACCUAUUCAUGCUGGGCGCUGGACACGCUAGUGAGUGAUCGGGGUAAAGCCCAUUUGACCAUCGCUGCGCAUUUGCGGCAACUGUGAUCUACCGAGGGAAUAUGUCUAAGAUAACAGCAAAACUGCUGAGAUGCUGCAGGCAACGAAAGCAGAAUAAUUAGGAUAUCGCGAAAGUUAUUAAGUGGUCUGGGUUGUGAAAAUCGUAGAAACCAAGCUUGAGCCGAACAUCCCUGG